GCCCAAGUCUUGUGGAUUGGGACAACUCGACCAGAGAGUGGUCGAGGGACGCCUGCGUGCCAGAAAGAGAGUGGGGCGGGUGAGUGAGUAAGUGAAACAAGAGGUUUUCAAGCGGAGGCCAACAAAACGUCAACCUCGGAAGAUCUGCCCGUAUCAGAUUCUGUGUCAUCACUGUUUUCAUUUGGAAACGAACGCGUCAGUCGUUCUUGUCGUGGAACCGUGUGCUCAUCACUUUUGAGGCCUAAUGUCAGCAUGUUCAUUGCUUGAGCGGAUUCCAAUCCUCAAUUCCGCACAUCAAGACGACUCGCAUAUGAACUUUUUGGGUGGUAAUAAGCGCAUGAUGUCGCAAAUCACCCCCAGUCAUGCACCUUUGAACCCGGGAGGACCAGGAGGUGGUGGAAUGGGCAUGCAGACUAUGCCUCCUCCACCUUCAUCGAUUCAUUCUGAGUUCUCUCCAGAAGGGCCAGCGACUCUUGAAAGAGACUAUUAUGGGUGCUAUUGUCUUAAGUUCAUUGUCAAGAACGGCACCCAUAUUACAGAAGAAAAAGUGAUGGAAGACUUCGGUCAUUUUGGUGACGUGGUGGAUGUGAGAGGCCCCGGCCUAUUCAGUGGCCUUCGAGGCAAUCACGUUUAUGUUCGUUACAUCGACAAGCGUGAUGCGGAAACAGCCUUGGAACAACUCUCUGCCAAGUACCAUCAGCUCACACCAGCUAGCAUCAGUGACGUGUUACCCGACAACUACGGGCUUUACACUAUUUCUUUCUACAACAAAACCGGUAUUCCUUCAGUGGAGGUUAGGAAAGAGUUCUCAAAGUUCGGAGAGGUCAAGAAUUUGACUGGAUCCCUCGACGUGAAAGGCGGUCGUGUUUUUGUAAGCUAUAAGGAGAAAACAUCCGCCGUUCAGGCGUUGCAGGCAUUCUUUUUUCGCAAAGACCGUUAUCCAAACAUGAAGUUUGCUCUCCCCAGAUGUGAGAAAGAUUACUUUGGUUGCUAUUGUCUAAAAUUCUAUAAUAAGAGUGGAGAUGUGACCGAAGAGAAAGUCCAUCGAGACUUUGGCCAAUUUGGCGAAGUUGUGGAUGUCCGUGGGCCAGGAUUGUUUGAUGUGACAGGAGAUGACGUUUAUGUACGGUAUAAGGAAAAAAGUUCUGCCGAGCAGGCUCUCAUUGAACUCGUGGGGAGAUAUGAUUCAUUGUGUUUAGCUCCACCCAGCGAUAUUCAGGCGGACAAAUUUGGCUAUUUUACGAUUACUUUUGUGAACGAUAAGUGCUUGUCAAAGUCGGAUGUGUGGUACAUAUUUUCCAAAUUCGGCACAGUGGCCUGCGUGAACGGUACAUUCGAUUGCAAGAAGGGACGCGUCUUUGUGUCUUACAAAGAAAAGCAAGGUGCUCUUAACGCCCUUGAGACCAUGUUGAUCACCAAAGAGUAUCAUCUGCAAGUGUCCAAGAAUUCCACCGUCCGAAAGAACGACUAUAACGUUGUGGGUGGAUCCGGAGCCAAAGACACCCUAGACACUUCAGAUUUUAGUGAAUUUGCAAGCAAUGGGCAACGAUCCAAUGGACACGGAUUAACGAGUAGUAGCAGUGUCAAUGCCAUGAACGGGAUGCCACCUCCGAACAUGGGACAUGAAUCUGGCGCUACCCCUAUCAAGCAUUCCUCAUCGGCAAAUAGUGUUCCAUCUGUCAUAACUGGUACAAACGAAGAAUCCAUGUUUCGACGCGAUCAUAGCCGAAGUCGGGAGGCUUCCCUUGUUCCAAACAUUCCACAUCUUCCCAAUGUGUCAUCGCCAUCCAAGGGUUCAAUUGGAAAUGGUGCAUCCAAUUCAAACAUGCUGACGUCAAGCCAAGGACAUUCAAUGAUCGAUUCUGGUAUGGUUCCUAUGGGGAUGGGUGGCACCAAUCAGCAAGCGUCCCCCAAGAUGUUAAGCUCCUCUUCAAAUCCAAUGAUUCAUUCCGGAGGCAAUGGUGGGAAUAGCAACAAAAAUGGGAUGGUCAAGUUUAAUCGUAAUGUGGAAAAAGACAUUUUCGGUUACUUUUGUCUCUCUUUCUUAAAUGAAGAUGGUGACAUCAAUGAAAAGAAGGUCCGCCAUGAUUUUGGCAAAUUUGGCGAAGUGGUGAGCGUCCGCGGUGCAUUGGGAAAGCAGAAAGGACACGUGUUCGUCAGAUUUCGUAAGAAGGAGUCUGCUGAAAAUUGUCUUAAUUGUCUCAAUUCAUUUCCGUUGAGCGAAAUGUCAGAAUUGUUCGGGAAAUAUCUUUUCCUUUCGCCUGCUACGCCUCGGGACAUUGACUGUGAUAUGUAUGGUUUGUACAGCAUCACAUUCCUCAAUCUCAAUAUGAAAACGAGCCGUGAGAUUCAGCAAGAGUUCAGAAAAUUUGGCGAGAUCGUCAGCCUAACAUCUGGUGGAGGUGGAAACACUGAUGAACUUGUGUCCAUCUCGUAUUCGGAAAAGUCUUGUGCUGUUCGAGCUCUACAAACCCAUUUUACCAACAAAGAAUUUCCGUAUUUGGACAUCGCCAAAGGCAACUCUCUACUCUUGGUCAAUAGUAGUGACUCUUCUGACAACGAGGAACAUGAUUUGGACUUUAUGGGCAAAUCGGGUCGAGUUCAAGGGAAGAUGACAUAUCCUCAUCCACCCCCACAAGGACAAGUGCCUCCCAGUAAUUUGCCUCAUCCUGAAGGGACGGGGUCCAAUACAUCUGCCUCUGGGCCCCCAACUUCAUCAUCUUCGGGUAACCUCGAUCCAUUCCACGACCCGUCAACGUUGGAAAAUGGACCUGGCGGGAAAGAUGUGGUAGACGAGCUGCUCAAGCCAUUCCAGAGCUAUUUCCAAAUCUAUCAAACAGGGCAAUAUCAACAUUUACGCGGGGACCUGAAUUCCGACUUACACGGACAAAAUGGCGUCCAGCUCGGUCCAGGAAAUGCCUACCACAAUGCAACCACCAACCACCACCACCACCAUCAACAACAACAACACCAUCACCAUUCUCACCAUCCUCAGCAACAACAACACCAGCAUCAACAUCACCCUCAUCAUCACAAUCACCACCAGAACAAUCAUCAUCACCAUCAUCAUCGUUCUCCUGACAAAAAGUACAGGAUCAAAUCCGUGCGAAAUGUGAACGGUCAAACUAACCAUCAUCCCCCUUCCUCUCACUCUGCAAAUAGUCCCAGACAUCAUCAGCGACAUCGCCCUCAUUUGUCUCUAUCCCCUGCGGCUAUUGCCAAUUCAUCCAAUUCGACUAUGGGCAAUAACAUGACCCAGUCUGUGGUUGAAAAUGGUCAUUGCGCAUUUGGGGACUUGCAUGACGGUCUCUCACACUCAAGGGACUCUGGAGUCACGGCCAUUAAUGAGCCUUCAAGACCAACAAAUUCGAUCAGCACCCGUUCGCCACCAAAUAGGGACGUGAGUGGCCCGUCCGGAGUACUAUCACAUGCAAUGUCAGAGCCAACUAUUGAUUCCCAAUUGACACCUAUGGAUAUCUCUUCAUCAACCAAGUUAGGACGAUCUCGCCCCGGACCAAACGAAACUGUGGCCGAACCAAGAGGAACUAACGCAUUGGCCCAGUCCUUGUCCCCGUCUCUUUCAACAGGUUCGAGUUCACCCAGUGCCACGGGGUCGCCCUCGAAUUCUUCCAGAGCCUCCUCACUGCAAGCUAGUCCGGAGCGCGAAGUGGACAAUCGUGCUGUCUUCGAAGCCUCCAAGAGGGUCGAGAAAGAUGAGGUGCCCCAAUCUGAGGUCAAUCCUGAGGACAAUGAAAAGAAGGAAAAAGAAAUUCCAUACGAGCAUGUAACUCGAGAUUUCCUCGGCUUCUUUACUCUCUCCUUUGUCAACAAAAUCAAAGAUUUAACUGAGCGCAAGGUGAAAUUGGAUUUUGAAAAAGCUGUCCAAGUACGUGGAUUGAACAAGUCAAGUGGUGAUUCCUCGGUUAGCAAUGACUCCAUCGUAUUUGUGAGCUUUGCCGACAAGGGAUCCGCUGAAGAGGCGUGUAACAACUCGUAUCUCCGGGCCAAAUAUUCUCAGCUGGCGUGUUCUCCGGUUGUGACAUUGACAGCAGGUCGGGACGGUCACUUCUCCAUUGAGUUCGUGAACUCGAGUAUGAAUGGAAUUCGCGAAAUCACGACGGAUUUUUCUCAGUAUGGAGAGGUGGUCAAAGUCAUGGCCGGACGAGGAGCUAAGAACUCUGUGAAGCGAGUGACCGUUUCCUACUCUGAGUCUCAGUCGGCUAUUUCAGCGAUCAAGUGCAUUCAAUUAUGCAAAAACUAUGCCUCUUUGGAUUUCAGCCGAGAGUGCAUUACUUUUGAAGAGAAUAAGGGAACAACCAAAGGAGGGUCUCCUGUCUCGUAGAGAUUCUGCUACUUUAAGGUUGCCUGCCAUAAUCAAAUGGAGACUACUUCUCUCCUUCACCCUACAUCCGAUAUCGCGUCCUAUUCAUUCUGCAGAGUUCCCCUUGUGUUACAUGCUUACCAACAACUUCUACUACUACUACUACUACAAUUAUUAUUACUACUACUUCAAUUUCUUCCUCUAUUGCUACUACUAACACUAUUAUUAUAACAACUGCUAUUACUACCAUUACACUCCCCCUCCUCUUCCUA